CGCGAGCCUGCGCCUGCGCAGUGUGGGCCGCGCCCCGCCCCCUGCCCUGCUGCCCUCCGCCGGCCGGCCGGCCCCUCCUCGGCCGCGAGCCCUCGUCCCGCUCAGCCGCCGCUCCGUCCCGCAGCAGCCAGCUCAGUCUCAGGCAGCAUGUUCAGCUGGGUGAGCAAGGAUGCCCGCCGCAAGAAGGAGCCGGAGCUCUUCCAGACCGUGGCCGAGGGGCUGCGGCAGCUGUACGCGCAGAAGCUGCUGCCUCUGGAGGAGCAUUAUCGCUUCCACGAGUUCCACUCGCCCGCGCUGGAGGACGCUGACUUCGACAACAAGCCCAUGGUGCUCCUGGUCGGCCAGUACAGCACCGGCAAGACCACCUUCAUCCGCCACCUGAUCGAGCAGGACUUCCCGGGGAUGCGCAUCGGGCCGGAGCCCACUACCGACUCCUUCAUCGCGGUCAUGCACGGCCCCACCGAGGGCGUGGUGCCGGGCAACGCGCUCGUCGUCGACCCGCGGCGCCCCUUCCGCAAGCUCAACGCCUUCGGCAACGCCUUCCUCAACAGGUUCAUGUGUGCUCAGCUGCCCAACCCAGUCCUAGACAGCAUCAGCAUCAUUGACACUCCUGGGAUCCUGUCUGGAGAGAAGCAGCGCAUCAGCCGAGGUUAUGACUUUGCGGCUGUCCUCGAGUGGUUUGCUGAGCGCGUGGACCGCAUCAUCCUGCUCUUUGACGCCCACAAGCUGGACAUCUCAGACGAGUUCUCAGAAGUUAUCAAGGCCCUCAAGAACCACGAGGACAAGAUCCGUGUGGUGCUAAACAAGGCUGACCAGAUUGAGACCCAGCAGCUGAUGAGAGUGUAUGGAGCUCUCAUGUGGUCUCUGGGGAAGAUCAUCAACACCCCCGAGGUGGUCCGGGUCUACAUUGGCUCCUUCUGGUCACACCCAUUGCUCAUCCCUGACAACCGCAAGCUCUUCGAGGCAGAGGAGCAGGAUCUCUUCAAAGACAUCCAGUCUCUACCCAGAAAUGCUGCCCUUAGGAAGCUCAAUGACCUGAUCAAGCGGGCCAGGCUGGCCAAGGUCCAUGCCUACAUCAUCAGCUCCCUCAAGAAGGAGAUGCCCAAUGUCUUUGGGAAAGAGAGCAAGAAGAAAGAGCUGGUGAACAACCUGGGAGAGAUCUACCAGAAAAUUGAGCGGGAGCACCAGAUCUCCCCCGGCGACUUCCCAAGCUUGCGCAAGAUGCAGGAACUCCUGCAGACCCAGGACUUCAGCAAGUUCCAGGCCUUGAAGCCCAAGCUGCUAGAUACAGUGGAUGAUAUGCUGGCCAACGACAUAGCCCGGCUGAUGGUGAUGGUGCGCCAAGAGGAGUCCCUGAUGCCUUCACAGGCUGUGAAGGGUGGUGCUUUUGAUGGCACCAUGAAUGGGCCCUUUGGGCAUGGCUACGGCGAGGGGGCUGGCGAGGGCAUCGAUGAUGUUGAGUGGGUGGUUGGCAAGGACAAGCCCACCUAUGAUGAGAUCUUCUAUACACUGUCUCCUGUCAAUGGCAAGAUCACUGGCGCUAAUGCCAAGAAGGAGAUGGUGAAGUCCAAGCUGCCCAACACGGUUCUGGGGAAGAUCUGGAAGCUGGCUGAUGUGGACAAGGAUGGCCUGCUGGAUGAUGAGGAAUUUGCUCUGGCCAACCACCUUAUCAAGGUCAAGUUAGAGGGUCAUGAGCUACCCUCUGACCUUCCUCCACAUCUCAUCCCACCCUCCAAACGGAGGCAUGAGUGACAGCCAUGCCUGACAAUACCCCCAACCCCCAGGGCUGCUGGCACUUUCUACCCGCUAGCUCCUUGCCUGCCCAUUUGGGCCUGGGCCUAGAGGGGCAGAGAUAGGGGGAGGGAAAGGGUCACCAUUUUUUCAAGGUCCAUAAAGACUGAGCAGUGUUUCCUCAGCUCUUGAAUAGGAAAACCACCAUCUUUCUUUUAAGGCUGUCCGGGCUUCAGCGGGAGGCAUGGGUGAUACUUGGAUGUGAACAGUGGGAUUUUGUGCAUAAGAACCAUGGAUAUUUUUAAUAUAUAAUGUUAGAGGCA